UGCCUCCCCCCGAGACGGAGGGGGUCCCACUCUUGGUUCCCUGCUCCUCCUCACACACCCCGCUCUGCUCUAACGCUGGCUUGCUCCUGCCCUGCGGCUUCCUCACCCCCCCUGCUCCAUUCCUAGGCUCUUUGUUUCCUGUCCAUCUGUUGGGUUAUUAUAAUAUAUAUAUUUUUUGUAAAUUUCUGUUUGAACAUUUUGUCAUUGUGAACAAAGAAAAAUGAAACCUUUUAAAACAUAUCCAUUUUAUUAAAUGAUUAUUGUUAUUAUUAUUAAUAAUGUUUACUACCUGAAUUGAUCAGUGAAAUAAAUACAUUCAAAAACCCAACCUCUUUCUGUUUAAUUUCCAGUCCCUGUGAGCAGUGUUGGUGCUACAUUAUGGGCAGGAGAGAGCAAAACUGACGCUGUUUCUUCUUUAAUCUAAUUCUGUCAGAGCAGGCUCCAGACAGGGCUUCCUGCAUGGGAUUGCUGGCCUGUUUGUGUCAGGAGCUAGACAAGAUGAUCUUGAAGUUCUUCUGUCUUUAAGCUUCCCCUAGAAGCAGUGUCUAAACCAGCAACGGGCAGCUGGGCAGGAGCCAGUCCCAGGAAAUCCAUUUUGUAAGUAGCAGAAGGAGCGUUGCUGAGCCUGUGCUGGAUGCAGGGCUGGAGAGGUCAGCUCCGUGCCUGCCCUGAGCUCCUGUGGUGAGUAAACGGAGCACCGAAUGCGCGAGACGAGGUACGUUUGCUGAGCAGACUCACCCUGCGGUACUCGAGCUGCUCCCAGGUGGAAGCAGGUCCUGCAGGAAAAUCUGGGCUGGUUUGUUAGCCAAAGAGCUCUUUCCUACUCUGCCUGCCUGCCACGGUGAACAGCUGGAAUUAUCUGCUCCAACUUACUAGAAAUUUAAAGCUUAAUUGCUUUCUUUAGAGCAUCAGAUUUUCCCUUGGCUAGGGUCAAAUUCUGCUGUUGUUUACACCGUAAGUUCCCUUAACAUCAGCACAUUUGGGGUGUUCCUAAUUUCUGCUCUGUGCGAUGUGCACGGUACAAGGUAAUGGAGUAAUGGAGUUUCCCAAUGUAAUUCUGGUGGCCUGAUAGAGAUACAGUCUUCCUCAUGAGAUGGGAAACCAAAGGCCACAGUGCUCAGGUAGUGCAGAAACGUCACCUUCCAGGUUCAGAUGCAUUUUGAGUUACUGCUUUGCAAUUGAGACUUUGUGAUGUUUCUGUUGGAGUGAGCGUGUGUGCCCAGAAUCACAGUUAUCAGAGCUGCCAGCAUCUCUCCCAGCGAUGUUCUUGUGAGCAUUUCUUGGAAGACUUGCUCAACGAAGCCUCAGCUUCCGGUGACACACAGCAAACUCGCAGGAAGGCCUCGUGUGGGAGGUGUCCCUGGGAUGAGCCUGACCCUUAUCUUGCCACCCAGCUGCAGGGGGAUUGUCCAGGAGCUGGGCUAUGCAGCUGCAAACACUCUGCACUGGCUGCACUGCCCUGAGACCUGCCUCUGGUGGUGUGAAGCCAGCAAGAAAGCAAGGAUUGAACCACCCCGAUUUUCUUGGCUACCCUAGUAAUGCGCCUCCAAUAACGCUGAAAAUACAAGCGGCUCUUGUACACCUCUGAGGAGUAGUGAAAAUGCAUGUGGUGGCUGCAGCUCAGCCUCCCCGUAGCCAUCUGUUCAUAUCCCUCCUCCAUUCCAGGGCUGGAAGACCAGGAACAUUCCCUCUCCUGUAAUGAGAGACCAAGAAUUUGCACACCUCUUUUAACUCUGUUCUUUUCAGAGCUCUCGCAUCUCCUGUGAAGGACACCAAACUCGCCCAACUCAUCCUCAGAGCGCACCAACAAAAGAGCUGGGCUGUGGCGUCAGUCCCAGAGCGUGUGGUGCCAACUUGCCCGGUCUCUGGCUCACCCGGUCUCACCAGGGGAGUGUUUGCAGGUGAAGAUGAACAGUGGAAUUCUCUUGUUCCUCCUUGGAUUCCUCCCACUCGUGUUAGCCUCAUGCCCUGUGCCGUGCAAGUGUGCCACCAACAUUAUUGACUGCACCUCAAAAGGCUUAACUGUAGCAAAACUUCCAGCUGCUUUCCGCCCUUCAGCUGAAAUUAUCCACCUUGGUUACAACAGGCUCACCUCCAUUCCCAAUGGGCUCUUUGACAACCUAAGGAGCCUCCAGGUAGUCUACCUGCAGGGCAACCCUUGGGAAUGCAACUGUGACAUCCUCUACUUGCGCUCCUGGCUCCAGUGGCAGCAGAACCGGAGCAUGUACAGGGAUGUGAGAUGUGCCACCCCAGCUCACCUGCAGGACCGGGUCAUCGCCCAUCUGACAGAAGACGAGAUCAUCUCCACGUGCCAGUACUGGUACUGCAGCCUGGCUCUCCUCUCUCAGCUCUUCCUCUUCAUCCUCCUUUUCCUCCAAGGUAUCCUGGUUAUCUUCAUCAUUGUCUACCUGCAGAAAUUCCGGAGAAUGACCGCUGAAGCCCGGAGCACCACCCGAGAACUGCACCACAACCUGGACACCGGGGCGUCUUCUUCAAGAAGCCCCUACAACGGUGAUUAACGACCCCCUUGGGGCGAUGCCGCGCCGAGGCCGGGUGACUUGUGAUAUCCGGAGGGGUUACGACGGCCCUUUGGGUAUUUUUGGCACGAAGCAGAACAGAAAUAAAGCAGAGCUGAUGAUGCGA